AUGAGUUAUUUAAUUCCUAGUGGUUUUGUUGGUAGAACAACAAAAUCAGAUGUAAGAUUGUAUUGUGAUAAUGUAACAUUGGACUCAAGUGUUUUCGUUAUCAAAACAACAGCUGCAUCAUCAUCGUCAUUCUCAUUGAUAUCAAUAAUGCAUUUGGAUUUGCAUUCAGGUGAAUUGGUAACGGAUUUAUUGAUGAAUGAAAUAAAGUAUCAUCGUCAACAACUUGAACAGCAGCAGCAACAACAACAACAACAACAGGAUAUCAAGACAACAGUUUGGAGAUGUCAUAAUAUUCCACUGACAACGGAACCAAAGUAUAAGCAAGCCGAGGCGAAUGCAGAGAUCGAUCAGAUCUGGCAAGAAGUGCUGGAGUUACCGUCGACAAUGAACGUAGAGUGCCGCGCUAUCAAUGUUCAUGAAACAGCAUCGAUGACACUGCUCGAAGCAGAACCACAACUCUUCAAGGUCAACGAGUUGAUAACAACUCCUAUCGAUUCAUCUCUAUUAAGAGCAAUUUCAUUAAUCAAUGAAAUUGUUUCACUUGAUAGCAUUAUAAAUAAUAAUACAGAACCAACAACAUCAUCAACAAUAACAGAGUCAUCAUCAUCAACAGAAUCAUCAACAACAUCAUCAUCGACAGAAGAAAAAACAUUGAAAGGAAGUGUUAUCUUUAAUGAUAACGAAUGGAAUCAAAGUGUAAUUGAACAACUUUUAAAGCUUGACGACAAAGCAUUGCCUCUGGUGGAAGUAGAUCCAUAUCUUUUUCAAAAGUAUAUAGAUAAACUAAAUUUACCUUUAAAUGAUCAAACCGCCGUUGUAAAUCAACUAUUCGAUGCAAUCAAUAGAUAUAGAGCAUCAAAAGGAUUAGAUGUAAUGAAACAACAGAAAGUAGGACCAAACGAUAGUUGUCUAUGUAAAUCGGGUCAGAAGUUUAAGAAAUGUCAUGGUGGAGGUACUGGUUCAACUUCUAAAUUCUUUUUAUUAUACCCGUCGACUUUGACUGCAACAACAACAUCAUCAUCAUCAUCAACUAAUAAUAAAUCUAACAACAACAAUAAUAAAAAGAAAAAGAGAUAA